AAGGUCAGAUGUAACCCGAUACCUCAUUGGGUUAUCUUCACUUCGCUUCGCGGAAUUCCAAUAUGUCUGCCCCCUGUGUUUUUGUUUCCGCUGGGUUAUGAUUUCUAUUUUUACUGUUAUCAGUGGCUGCCAAGCGUUGAUUAACGCAAAACAUUCAAAAGAAAAUUGGUUAGCAACACUAAUCUCAUUCACCAUGUCAUUUAAGAGAGAGGGUGAUGAUCACAGCCUCUUGCAACAAAUUAGGCAAAGAAGAAUAGAAGAACUAUUUGCUUAUGACAUCCCAGAGAAAGAGGCUCUGCUCCUAAGGGAUGGAAGGUUUACCUGCACAAUAUGUCCACACAGGCCAUUAUUUGACACAAUUGCUGUGCUUGCAGUGCACAGACAAGGAAAGAAGCAUAAAGCAAAUAAUGUAAAACAGGAAGACAUCCAUCCAAUGGUAUCAAACAGUGGUAGGUCUGCAGCACAGCAGAAAUCUCAACCACAAAGGAUUAAAAAUGAGUCUUCCUGUGGAAAUGCUUUGAUGUCAGCUGCCUCAUACAAUCCAUGUGUCAAAAGGAAUAAAGAAGACAAGGACACAAGAAUUGAAUUGGAUAGGAAUAUAUCAAGCACAUCGAUUUUGAAGAGACUGGCAAAUUUUCAACAACAUGAUUCUAUUCCAACAGAUUUUAGACCUUAUAAAAGUAAAAGAAGGACAAAUGCCACCCCAGUAGAAACAUUGUACAGUUCACAGCAGGCUGUUAAGGACAAUGAACCACCCGCAAAAAGUAGAAAUCUACAGCAACUUUCAGAGGCAAGGCCAGUUUCACUUGAUAAGACCACUAAUAAUGUUGAGGUGUUCUAUGAAAGUGAGUACCCAUGUAAUCAGGUCGCAUAUCCUAGGGAUCCAGAUUAUUGUACAUCAACAAAAGAUAAACAGGCAGAUACUGAUAAUGUACAACAUCAGCAUACGUGGAGGACAAAACUUAUUCCUGUUAGUUCAAAAAAUGUCACAGAAGUAAAAAAAGUUGAAAAGACAAAAGUGAAGAAAAUAACAAGCACCUCCCUGAAUACACCAAAGAAAUCUGGUGAACCUACAGAAAAACAAAUUUUGGCUGAAAGAUAUUUGCAAGCUGUUCAAUCUGGUUGGAAGAGAGACCGUUCAGGAAAAUGGGUGAAGGAUGACACAGUAGAGUUUGAGUCUGAUGAGGAACCUCCUGAUAUACCUUGACCUACAGGUACAAGACGGAAAGCCUGUUAUGAAAAAACUUGCCCCUUCCAGUCAUGGAAAUCACUUGACAUUCUCAGGGUUUAAAGAAG